AUGAAGUUCUCCAACGUCCUCUCCGUCGUUCUAGCCACCCUUUCCGUGGCUGUCGGCGCCCAUCCCACUACCCCUUUCAACGACAUCCAGCACGUCGCUCGGGAUAUCAGCGGCGACACACUUGACUCUGCUUCCGAUAUCGAAAGGCGCGCAGGCCACGAUGAAACUGACCGCUUCAAGGAAACCCAGAAGGGCUUGGGCAAGCAGAAACUUCAGCUGGGCAAAUCCUAUUCCUUCCAGAUCACCUGGACCAAGGGUGCAGCUGGCUCUUCGACUAAGACCACAUCUCCCAUCGAGAGAGAAAUGAAGAAAACCCAACAGGAAUAUGGGUUUGAUCAUACCGGCAUUGUCGUCGGCGAGGUUGUCAAGAAGGAGACGAGUCCAAACGUCUACAAGGUGGACUUCGACGGCAGACUUUACCACUUGGAGGCCAACCUGCAGGGUAGUGGUCAAAAGGCAUGGUACAAAACCAAUGUGAAGGAUGCAGCCUGGAAUCCCCAGCCUUCCGAAAAGACAGUCAAACUUUUGCACCUCAAGGAGGUCAGCGGAAAGUGGGAAGACAAGGCUUCUCACGCCAACACGGCUGCUACCAAGAUUAGCGAGAAUAACGGAAAUAAGUGGCAGGGCAAACGGAACGAGUGUGAAGAAUAUGUCAAGGCUUUUGAGAAGGCGUUGUAG